GACCUGCACAACGUCUCUGUUGCCCACUUCACCACUUCACCACCACCACUCGCGCCCACCGGAUCGAAAGGUGCAGAAACAAUCAGUCUGACAUCUCUCCUUCAGACGGCGCUUCUCGGAACAACUCCGACGAAUCCGAGCAUCCGAACUCCUGAAGACGUGUCAGCACGCUACUUUGGCACGCAACCAGGUACCCUGCACUCCAUGGGCCACGCGUGGCCAUAAUACUGCUUCGCGCCUGCGCCCGAAACGCUCAACAUGAGUUCGUCCCAAGCACCGCCCUCCUCGCCUCCUGCUGCCAAUGUCGACGCCAUGAAUGGACCGAUCCAUAGCCCCGGUGCUACCCGCGAAGAACGACGACGCUCAUUCCUCCCAAACUUGCUUCCGCACAAUUACAAAGACGAGCGAGACCGGCGGCGAUACGUGGCUGUGAAUAAUCGACCACGAUGGGUGUUGCACUUGCAGGCCACAUUCUGGCGGGUGCUCAUGCAGCUUGGCAUGUUUUUCCAUCGCUUUGCGCCUCCAAGACCGCCGAAGCCGUCGUUUUGGUAUAUGAUUGAUAGCACGGUGUCGGGCAUGCCGGGGCAGAUAUGUCUCUACUUUUACACACCGCCGGACUAUGAUACGCAGCAACGGCUAUGGACUGGUUGGCCGGAUACUGAAGAGAGCGACGAGGAAGAGCUGAGAUCACCGCGAGAGCGCCAGAGGGCUCGAAUGAGCGUUGGCUCGAUAGGUGAUGGGCUGCGCAGAAGGAGUCGCAGCUUUCGCAGAUGGGGGAGUUAUCCUGUGAUUAUCAAUUUCCAUGGCGGAGGCUUCACAUUGGGCUCACCGCACGAUGAUGCGAGGUGGUGCGGCACGGUAGUCCAAGAGCUGGACGCUGUUGUGGUUUCGGUGGAUUAUCGGCGAGCUCCGGAAAAUCCAUUCCCUACAGCCGUGGAAGAUGGCGUGGAUGCAGUUCUGUUCGUGCAUCAGCACGCAGAAGAUCUUGGUCUAGAUCGCGAGAAGAUCAUGCUCUCCGGUUUCUCAUCUGGAGGCAAUAUGGCGUUUACAGUACCAUUACGGCUGUACGACCAUUUGACUGGAUUCCAUCGGGAGACGUUGGAGGACUCCGACGAUACUCUACCUAGAGAAGGGAGUGAAGAAGGAGAGCGAUAUCCAUUGCGACAAUGGAACGCAGACGAUUCGGCAUCGAGUUGCUCGACGAAAGCGCCGACCGAUCCAAACAACCUUAUCCUGGAUCCGAACAAGCCUCCUCCGCCUGUUCCUGGCCGGCCAACAAAGAAUAACACCACAGUUGGCGAACGAGCUCUGAAUGUGCCUUCAGUAAAGAUUAGAGGCAUUAUACCAUGGUAUCCUUCAUUGGACUACACCAGGACCCGAGAAGAACGCCGAGCGACUGGGCUGCGGGCAGACCAAGAGCUCCCUGCUUUCUUCACGAAUCUCUUCGACGACUCCUACCUGCAUCCUCCAAAGGAUGUCACACUAGACUCGCCCUACCUAUCACCGGCCGUGGCACCCACCGAUCUUCUUCGAAACGCAUUACCGGAUGAGAUCAUCAUGCACACGUGCGAGUACGACAUGUUGCUGGACGAGGGAAAGAUUUUCUACGAUCGUCUCACAUCAGAUGAGAUCGGGAAGAACGUCACAUACACCAUGGUGCCUGGUGUACCGCACGGCUGGGACAAGGCGCCGAACCCGUGGCGACCUACGCCAGGUGUGCGAGAGUACUACCUCAAGGCUUGCAAAGAGAUGCGACGCAUUCUUGGCGAACCGUACCGUGGGGAUGGGAUGAAUAAUGCGAGACAGAGUGUGGUCAAUUGAGACUUUCCAGCUGGUGUUCACCACGGUGUGAGAAUCCGUGCAGCUGAGACUGUGGCUGCCCUUCUCCGGUAGAAGAGUCUUUCAGCCAUGAUGUCUUGACUGGAAUCGUGUGCUUCACCUGUAAGCGCGAACCGAGCGGAGUUUUCGGUUCUCUGCAGGCUUGCUUGAUCGUUCUGGAUUGAGCGUUGUUGCAUGCAUUUCAGCGGCUAAGCGUGUACAGGUCCCGUAGCGACAUAGAUGAUGAGCUUUUGAGCAACAUUACGACAUUAUUGACAUGAAUGCAAGAACUGAUUUACUGAUUCACUUUUUCGACCGACGCUCGCCACGCUUUUCAUUACGCUGUGGACAGCCGCAC